AUGUCUACCACAAUCAAGCUCGCGGAGUACUUGUUCACACGCCUCCAUCAACUGGGAGUGCGCUCCAUCCACGGUGUACCGGGUGAUUACAACCUGACCUUGUUGGAUCAUAUUGAACCCUCAGGGCUUCAUUGGGUCGGCAACUGCAACGAGCUAGAUGCGGGAUACGCUGCUGAUGGCUAUGCACGGAUUAAUGGCGUUGGAGCGCUGAUAACCACGUUUGGAGUCGGAGAACUUUCGGCUAUCAAUGCCGUAGCUGGUGCAUACUGCGAACGCGCAGCAGUGGUCCAUGUGGUCGGCACCCCCGAAACAGCUACUCAGGAUUCUCGUUUGAAGGUGCACCACACCUUUGCUGACGGCAAUUAUCAACGCUUUGCUCAGAUGCAUGCCCACAUUACGGUGGCACAGGAGAGCCUCAGGGACCCUCGAUCAGCGCCAGAGCAGAUUGACGCAAUUCUGAAGAAAUGCCUCUUUCACAGCAGACCGGUCUACAUCCAGGUGCCGGUGGACUUGGUGGGUGCACCAGUUGAAGCCGGCAGGUUAUGGUCAGAGUCUCUGUCAUCGGAAAUCACUUCAAUCGAAACUAUGGUCUCACCGGCUCACGACCUGACCCUUUCAAUUAUAUUGGAGAAGAUCAGAGCCGCCAAACAGCCGAUGAUUCUGGUAGAUGGCGAGAGCAGAGCACUUCGAAUCACCGAAGACGUCCAGAGCAUCGUCCAGAUAACCAAGUGGCCCACCUGGGUAACGGUCUUUGCCAAAGGUCUUGUGGACGAGACGGCUUCCAAUGUCCAUGGAGUCUAUCGAGGCAGCUACGAUCCAAAGGCGAAGGCUUUCGUGGACAGUUCGGACCUGGUCUUAUGCUUCGGGCCUCACUUCAGCUCCACCAACACCUUCGACUCUACCAGCAUCCCUCCCAAGGCAGUCACCAUCAGCUUCACAGAUAACGAGAUUCGGAUAGGCGAGCAAACCUUUCGAGACAUCCGGGCCAAGCUUGGUGUCUCCCGGCUGCGGCAGGAGCUGAGCGCUAUGCACUUGAAGCCUUCUGGCAUACCUGCCAACUUGCCUAGUGAGGACCGUGAAAUUUGUUUCUCAUCGCUUCCGAGCAAACAAUGCAUCACGCAAGAUAAACUGUGGCGUCUUCUCGCCAAUUUCAUACGUCCGGGCGACAUUGUCCUCGGCGAAACAGGCACUGCAGGCUAUGGUGUUCAAGAGAUGGUACUUCCGCGCAACACGCGCGUGUUCGCACCGGUGACCUGGCUCUCAAUUGGAUAUAUGCUUCCCGCAACCCAGGGCGCGGCUCUAGCCCAGAGGGAGCUUAUAGCCUCUUCAGCUUAUCACGGCAUCAGCCAUGCGCGGACCGUGCUCUUUAUCGGCGAUGGUAGCUUCCAAAUGACCGUGCAGGAACUUAGCACCAUCAUACGUGAGAAGCUGGACGUCAUAAUCUUCCUCCUCAACAACGAUGGCUACACUAUCGAACGAUGCAUUCACGGCUUGAAGAAAAGGUACAAUGACAUCGCCCGUUGGCGCUAUCUGCAAGCACCACGCUUCCUGGGUGCCGACGAUGGCGUCUUUACGGCUACCGUGAGCACUUGGGGUGACCUUGAGCGAGUACUUUCGGCCAGAGAAAUCGCCGGUGGCAGCGGUUUGAGGAUGGUGGAGAUAAUGCUGGACCGUGAGGAUGUUCCGGAAGGUCCUUUGCUUGAUUUGCUCCGAGAGGAAAAGAAGGCUGUCUCAGGGGAGUCGUAA